CUUGGUUCUCAGUGCGGUCGCUUCUCUCUUCGUUCGCUGAUUAGCAUCUUUAGGAAGUAGUGCGAACGCGUGGAAAUACGAUAUGCAAAUGAUUUUUUCACCAUCUUACUUUGGGGGAAAUUCAACAGCUUUUUCGGAAAUUUGAAGUCAGCCUUGAACUCAACGAAAAAGAUACUUUGCCGUCGGAUGAAUUUAUUUCAACAUGAAUGAGAGUACUUGUCUAGAAUUGCACCCACACCGAAACAAAAGUAAUUGUCCAACUGUUUUUGAUGAAUGGUUAUGUUGGCCUUCAUCCCCUCCUGGAAAAAUAAGUUUUCAAAGUUGUCCCCAGAAACCAGGCCUCAUAACGUCAGAAUAUGCCUAUAAAUACUGUCAACUCAAUGGGAGUUGGGAGGCUAAUCAUAAAAUCAACAAUUCCACAGCAGGAUAUACAAACUACACCAAAUGUUUCUUCCCCGGAACGCUCUACCUUUUUCAAAUGUGCGACAAAAUAGGACGUGAAAAAUGUAAGAGUAUAACACAAGUGACCAGAUACCUCGAAAUGGUCGGCCUAACCAUAUCUCUCACAUCUCUAAUUAUAUCGUUAAUAAUUUUUCAUCAGUUUAGGAUACUCAGGAACAACAGGACAAAAAUUCAUAAAAAUCUAUUCAUCUCAACAUUACUACACAUAAUGACAAGAUUAGUUUUGUAUAUAGAUCAAAUGGCUGGUGAUAAUAUUCAGAAAACAUCCAUUCUACAUGAAAUAUGGGCCACAAGUUUGGAAUACACUCGGACCACUAUGUUUAUGUGGAUGUUCAUAGAAGGUCUCUACCUUCAUAAUAUGAUAACCGUAACUGUUUUUCAAGAACAUUCUUAUAUUAAGUUAUAUAUCUACCUCGGCUAUGGCUUAUCGGCUUUCAUGUCAGCGGCAUGGAUGUUAACUAUGAUACUUCUGCGAAGUGAUUGGUAUUAUUAUUAUCUUCUGCCAUAUUACUGGAUCCUUGAGGGUCCCCGAUCGACCAUUGUUGUGAUAAACCUUCUUUUCCUCCUGAAUAUUGUUAAAGUCCUCGUUGUCAAACUAAGGGAAAGUCAUACAAGCGAGAUUGAACAAGUGAGGAAAGCAGUACGAGCAGCAAUAUUCCUUCUUCCACUACUGGGAAUAGCAAAUCUCAUCUUCCUCUUUUUCCAUCAGUUCGACGAAGCCUGGAAGUACGCUUUAUGGUCCUAUACGGCACAUUUCUUCGCAAGUUUCCAAGGUUUUUUUGUUGCUGUACUCUACUGCUUCCUUAAUGGCGAGGUUCAAAAUGCAGUGAAGAGCUACUUACGAGUAUCCUUAAAAAGCGACUACACUCCAUGCAGAAACGUAACAGUUGUAUCAACUGCUCCAGAUGUACAGGAACAGAGUACAAAUUUCUGAAAAACGAUAUGAAGAAACGAAACAUGGAGCAACGUGGAGGAAACAUCGAAGAUAUUUUGAUUAUGUAGAGUCUAAUUUAUCAACAUAUCGAAUUGUAAUGUGCUAGGAUAUAUGUCUUAUUUAUUCAAACAUAAUAAAGAAAUAUGUAGUUUUUCA